AUGGACUCCCCGACGCAAUCCCGCCCGCGCCCCAGCACCGGCCGUUACGAAUCACCUCCCGCUUCCAACCCCCGGCGGCCAUCGUCGUUCAAUUCCGACCCCCGUGUGAGCACCGCCAGCCUUCCAUACCGGCCUCGUCCCGAUGACGUCGAGCGCCCUCAUAGUCCUCCCCGGGCCUACCCCGUCUCGGAACCUCCCCGCGCGGAUGCCCCCUACGUUCCUGCUACAUCAGCAGCACCAGUCCAGGUCCCCGUCCAAACCUCCAGCACCAACGCCUCUUACACCACCACCAACAACAACAACAGCAACAACCCACCGCCUCUCACACAUGCCUCACCCCGGCCCAUGUCCGGCCCAGACCCCAAGUUCGACCGCAACGGGGGCGCUCCUCCUCCCAACUCUUACCCCAAGGCCAACACCUACCCCCCGCCGCCCACCAGCGCGGCACCACCACCUCAACCACCACGACCAACAGCCGUAGCUCACCCACCCGCCCGUGGCCCCACAACCGCCACAACCAGCUACAACAACAGCUACAACCCCAACCCGCCCUCUCUCCGCGAAGGCCGCCAAGACACCGAGUCCGCCCUGCGCGAACUGCUCGCCGUGCGCCGCCAGCAGGGCAUGUUCCUCGUCAACGGCGUCGCGCCCACGGGGCCUUCGCAAACUGCCGGUUCGUACGGCGUCAACGGGCUGGGUAUUGGUGGUGUUGGGCCCGGCAGGCAGGAACAGGCGAUUGCUGCGGGCGAGGUAGAGAACCGUGUGAGGCUACAGACGGGGUUGGUGUUGAUUGGGUUGAGGGGGUUGGAGGAGAGGGUGGGACGGGUCGUGGGACGGGCUGAGGGGGAGAGAUGGAGGCGGUGGGUUGCUGGGUUGGGGAUCGCCUCCUUCAUCCCCCUAGUCAAACGCCUCUUCCGCCGACCCCGGCACCACAGCCGCAGCCACGACGACGACAACGACCACAACAACACCCUCGACACCGACCACGCCUCCAACCGCACCGAGUACGCCUUCAAAAAGUCCCGCGGCCUCGUCUCCCGCAUCCUGGCGUCGACCAACCGCCCCGGGCUGGGCACCAUCGCCUUCUUUGUGUUUGCUGUGCUGUAUGUCUUUCAGAAUGAGGUGUCGUUGCAAGUGGCGCGGAAUGUGUCGAAGCGGUUGAGGAGGUUGGUGGCGAAGGUGGAGGCUGGGCGGGAGGAGGUGACGGAGGAGGAUUUGAAGGUUUUGAGGGGGUGGAGGUGGAGGGUUUUGCUUUGGAGUGAGUAG